AUGGAGAAAAGCAUGUCAGAUUACAAUGACCUGAUUUACCUGGAGAGUUACGCACUCACACACAGGGGGCACAUACUCUGCCAGUUCCUUUCUAACCCUGCGGUGACAUUUGGGACAGCUAUAGCAGCAUUCUAUCUUCCUGUCAUUAUUAUGACAGUCCUGUACAUCCACAUCUCCCUGGCCUCCAGGAGCAGGGUUUCCAAACACAAACCAGAGAAGAAAGAGAAGAAGGGAGUAAAAACUCCCAGCUUGAUAAAGAGUCACCUGUUAAAGCAGAACAAUAACAAUGAGACCAGUCCUCAGGCCAGUCCCCGAUCUACUCCCAAACUCAGUCUGGACUCAACUACCACUGCGCUGGAGGCUGUGAAGAAUGGCAGAGUGGAGGAACCAAAGCAAGUUCAGCCUCAACCUCCAGCACAGCCCAGUCCAGGACUCACACAGGAGAAAGAAAGCUCCAACGAUUCGUCUACAGCUUUUAUUCCCCCCACAGAACCGAAGGACAACACCAAUAACAAGGUGAUAUCUGAGGCUGCAACAAAUCCCAACUCCAUUGCCAUGGCAACAGCCAAUCCUGCAGAGCCCAAGAUGAACUCCACUUCGAAGUGGUCCAAAAUAAAGAUUGUAACAAAGCAGACCGGGGACGAAUGCAUCACAGCUAUAGAGAUUGUCCCUCCUGUAGAGGGAGCCGAGAGGCAUUCAAUCCCAAUCAGCCGUCCAAGGACUGUGGCGAGAAAGUUUGCAAGCAUUGCUAGAAGUCAAGUGAAGAGGAAAAGACAGAUGGCUGCGAGAGAAAAGAAAGUGACCAAAACUAUCUUCGCCAUCCUGCUGGCUUUCAUCAUCACAUGGACACCGUAUAAUGUCAUGGUGUUGAUCUCAACCUUCUGCCAAUCCUGUGUCCCUGACACUGUGUGGGCUAUUGGCUACUGGCUGUGUUAUGUCAACUCGACUAUCAACCCAGCUUGUUACGCACUGUGCAACGCCACAUUCAAAAAGACAUUCAAGAACCUGCUGCUGUGCCAGUAUAAAAAUAUAGGUACAAGAUGA